AACCGCCGACCUUCCGAUUAACGGCCAACCUGCUCUACCUCCUGAGCCACAGCCGCCCCGUUUAGCUCUUUUCAAAACACUUUAUAACUUUGUUUUGAAAAGUGCUAAAUUUAUUGUCAUCGUGUUAACAUUGUUGUUCAGAGCAAGCCCCUGUACACUCAGCUGCUCGGGGCGCCGCACUGAGUAGCAGCCCUGUCACUCUGACAUCUCUCCAUGUGUUGUUGCAUGUGUGUGUAUUUCAGACCUGUGUGUGUAUACUAAUGACAAUAACACCAGAGUGAGAACAUUGAAUUUCCCCUUGUGUGAUGAAUAAAGAAUGUGUUCUUCUUCUUCUGCAUGUUAGUAUGCUGAUUAACAUUUAGCUCAAAGCACUGCUAUGUCUACAUACAACAGAGCUGCAUCACAGAGCUACUAGCAUGGCUUUAGAGUCUAGUUCCUAAUACCUCUCACAUUAUCAACUAAGUAAACAAACUGUGUGUAAUAGUAAAUAAGAAGCAUCAUUUCUGGUUUUCCAAACAUGCAGUUUAGAGAGCCACGAUAACAAAGGGUUGAUGAAGGUAAUAAUUAAGCAUGUCAAGCCUGUGGACGUCUUGAUGACGUUUCAUUUAUUGCAUUUAUCUUAGCUUUUAUUCCACUGUUGCACAAACACAGACAGCAGAAGGUCAGAUAACAUUAGAAGAGGACUGACCCAGUAAUACAUCAUGAACUAUACGUUUCUCAGGUCAACCAUACUUAUGUUCCUCUCCUCAGGUCUGUGCUAUGGAGCUGGUGUACUCACUGUUGACUCCCUCCGUGGAGCAGCAGGGGAGAGCGUGACCUUUAAAACAUCUGUAAAACCAACAGCUGAACCAUUUCUGGCAUUAACUUGGAGCUUCAAUGGGACCACCAAUGUAAUAACCUCAACCAGUGUAGAUGUAGUCGGACAAGGCUAUGAGAGCAGGAUCGUCCUAGAAAAGUCUACUGGAUCUCUGGUGCUUAUGAACCUGACUGAAAAAGACAGCGGAGAAUAUGAACUACUCAUCAUCCCAUAUGGAGCGGAGCAGAUUCAAGGAACUGUCAAACUGGAGGUGCUGACCAAAGUGUCAAGACCCACUAUGGCCUGCCCCACAGAAAACGUAAUAGAAGGUAAAACCUCUGUGAACCUAACCUGCGAUGCUGACGGCUUGGUGUCCAACAGAGUGUGGAUGAAAGACGGCCGACCUUUGGUUUCUGGAGAGAGAUUCAGCUUUUACGACAGCAACAGAGUGUUGUCUAUCAGCCCUGUCGACAGGAGAGACACUGGAGAGAUUCUUUGUAAUGUCAGCAAUGAUUUCAGUUUUGAUACAGCUAACUGCAGACUGAAAGUCUAUUAUGGACCUGACAAACCAACAAUCAUUCAGAGGCCAAUAGGAGCAGAACUUGAAGAGAGUGUCACUCUUAGCUGCUCUGCUGACUCCCUACCAAAGGCAACUUUCUUCUGGACGUUCAAACACAUGAAGAUGUACGGGCCCCUGCACUACAUCCAUGAGAUGGAGAGAUGCACCUGGGGAGCUACACCUGUACCGCCCAAAAUGCUGUCACUGGUUUAGAAACCUCUGCGCUCCACACACUGCGUGACUCAUCUACUCCCAUCAUUGGUUCUAUGUCUAUGAUGGUUUGCACCGUCCUGACGUUGAUGGAGCUAAUUUUAGUCUAAAGACUAAGAAUAAGUGUGUGUGUUUUAGAUCAUUCUCUGAGUUCAGCAUUGUUGAUAAAUGUUAUGUUCAUGUAAAAUAAAGCUGUGAAUGAU